CAGUGUUCCAGCAGGCAAGACCAAUAAAUAUCUUGAACCAUGUCGAUUUCAUGUUAAAAAGAAUUCCAAUGUGGCUUUUCAUUAGCUUUUUUUUUCUAAAAAAAAUACAUCUCCACAGAACUUGAAUCCACUUUUAAACGUCCCCUCAAACCUUAAGUCCUCAAAAAAUGUAUUUUCGCGAUAACAGAAGCUGCUCUCCUAAGAAUGAGGUGGAAUUACGUUGUUCAUUAAUCGGAAGCAGAAUUGAACAUACCGUAAUUAAUAAGCUCACUUGAAGCUACCGUUCGAAUCAGAUAGUAUGGGCCCCAUGGGAUUCAACUGACUGCUCCUGUGAAGAUCAGCUUUAAUAGAAUGGGAGAAGCGUUGUUCUGCACGUGGUUUAUAUUAUUCGCAGCUUGUGAAUGCUAUAGUUACUCAUACACAUAUUGUCAAAUACAGACCUCUCAUUUUGAAAAGCACAUGGCUUGAUCACAUUUAGCAACUGGAAACCUUACGUAUCGAAGUUGACAAAACAUUCUCUGCACCUGCAGAGGAGUAACUUGAGUGCAGAAUUGAACCAUCGUGCGGGGAUUGAGGGCGCUGAGUGGUAGGGAAGAGAGUGAAGUUGAUUGCAAAUUGAAUUUUACAUUUUUGACGAAUGGAAUACAUUAAAGAAGACAACGUAAAAUGAGAGAAUCGUUAUGCACUGCCCAUAAAAGCGUUUUCCGGUGAAGUGCGUUGUGUUCAGCAGGCGCUAGGACCGAGCGCCCCCGCCCUGUCAGGAUGUAGCCAGUGAGAAGGUUGUGUCUGUAUCUGCUGCCAGGAGCAGAGCAAAGGCGACAGGGCAGCAUCAGGCUGUCUCAGGGCAACUGGGGGAAGGACACACAUCCGCCACCACACUGUCUUGUUUUCUCUGCAGUUGUGUUAGCACACAGCAUUUUGGUUCUUAGGGAACAAACAAAGUUCAGAGCAGCAUUACAGGAAGCUCCGUGUGCAGCAGAUUUCUCUGACCUUCCCCCCCCGCCCCGUUGGAAGGAUGAGGAGAUGCGUUUGGGGAGAUGGCCGGAGUUGAGCCCUUUUACAGUCAUGUGGAGGAGGCGCUGGGGCUGUGGGCUCUGCCUGUCGCUGCUCGCCCUACUGCUGCUGUUGCUGAAUAGCCAACCGCCCCAGCAAGCCGAGCCUUCCACCCCCCGCCACAGACCGCAGCAGCAGGACAGGCACCUCACACCGCAACACUCCCCCCUCGAACUCAUCCCUCUCGACUCCUUCAGCGCCGACCAGUUCAUUGUAGUGACUGAGAGAGCUGCCCGGACCCGAAGGAGGGCUUACCGGCUGCUAGGAGCCGCUAAAAGGGGCCAGGAAGCCGGGGGGAGCACCAGGCUUCUGCUGCUUGACCCCCCUCCCCCGGCUGACCACAGGCAACUCGAGCUCCAGGGGCUGGAGAGGAGCGGCUUCAACGAAGUGGUCAGCGAGAGGAUCUCCCUGCACCGGAGCCCACCUGAAGUACGCCACCCUUUAUGCCUACAGCAGGAAUAUAGUCAAAACCUGCCAACUGCCAGCAUCAUCAUUUGUUUCCACAAUGAAGCCUGGUCUACUCUUCUGAGGACAGUAAACAGUGUUAUGGACACUGUCCCGAAGAAAUUUCUCAAGGAAAUCAUCUUAGUGGAUGACCUAAGUAACCAAGGACAUUUGAAGGCAGCUUUGAGUGAGUAUGUGUCGAAGCUGGAUGGUGUGAAGUUGAUUCGAAGCAAUAAGAGAUUGGGGGUAAUUGGAGCUCGCUUACUUGGUGCAGCACGGGCAACAGGGGAUGUCUUGAUUUUCAUGGACUCACAUUGCGAAUGCCACAUUGGCUGGCUUGAACCACUAUUGGAUCGAAUAGCUCAUGACAGAACUCGUGUUGUUUCUCCUGUAAUUGAUGUUAUUGACUGGAAGACAUUUCAGUAUUAUCACUCCGUUGAUCCUCAGCGAGGAGUUUUCAACUGGAAGCUGGACUUUCAUUGGGAACCAAUACCAGAAUAUGAGCAGAAAUGGCGGACAUCUCCCACGAUACCUGUACAGAGUCCAGCUGUAUCUGGAGGAGUGCUAGCAAUGAAUCGGCAUUAUUUCCAAAAUAUUGGUGCGUAUGAUCCUGCAAUGUUGAUGUGGGGAACAGAAAAUGUGGAACUGUCUCUCCGGGUCUGGCUCUGUGGUGGUUCAGUGGAAGUUCUGCCCUGCUCCAGAGUUGGUCAUGUGUACAGGAAACAUGUCCCAUAUUCUCCGCCGGAUGAAGAGAUUGUGGAGAAAAACAAAAUCCGUGUAGCAGAGGUUUGGAUGGAUUCUUUUAAAGAGGUUUUCUACAAGCAAGACAUGCCUGCAUAUCUGCUCAGUAAGAUUGCAGUUCCUGACUGUACGGCACGACUGCAACUGCGAAAGACGCUGAGCUGUAAACAUUUUCAUUGGUUUUUGACGAACGUAUACCCAGAGCUGUACCUGUCUGAGGACAAAUCUGGAUAUUUUGGAGCAGCAAGACAAAGGUUUUUGCUGUACAAUAUAGGCACAGGUUAUUGUGCAAGUUAUGAGACCAAAUGGAGCACAGGUGGUUAUCCUGUAGGACUUACUCAAUGCAGUGGCCAUGGGAAUCAGCAUUUUGAAUUUAAUAAUGUAAGAGAAAUCCGGUUUGGUGCCUUGGUGCAAUUUUGCUUUGAUGUCAAUAAUGAACAGGUCAUAUUGCAGAAUUGUAUCAGAGGUAAUGGAGUGGAAUCACAACAGAAGUGGGACGUGCAGAAGAGUGGAGAAAUCAUCCAUGUCUUUACUGGCAAGUGCAUUGAGGCAGUAAAGAACGGAACAAGCAAAGACUUGUUUCUGAGACCAUGCAAUAAAUACACCACCCAACAGUUGUGGCGAUUGGAGAAAGUGAUAAUUGCAAACAAGAGAUGAGCUGUUACCUCCCCCACCUGCUAUGUGAUGACUACAGCUCACGUGCCUCUGUCUGGUCAGGUGCAAUCGAGCCUUUCAACCAGGUACAGAACUCAAGUGUGCCUUGUACAUCUGUUUGACUGAAGGAAGUCCUCACAAUAGAAUGGGAACAAACUGCAUAUGUUUCCAAGGCUACCUUUAUACAAGUCAGGUAAAUGAGUAGGAACUAGGCCCGAAAUGUCAGCUUUUGUGCUCCUAAGAUGCUGCUUAGCCUGCUGUGUUCAUCCAGCUUCAUACUUUGUUAUCUCUAAAGAUAAACAAAGUGGGCUACAUUAUGAGGCACCUUUGAAUAUUACAAACUCCAGUUGUAACCAGGGUAUCUGUGGGAGAAAUUAAUCAAUGGCCAUCAAAGAUAGUGUAAGGUUUUGCAUCAAUUUGCAAUUUUGUCAGACAUUACAUCAUAUGUGUUAAUGCUUGAUCAAAAAAUAAAUCUAUACCACAUGCUUAAGUUGAACCAUUAUUAAAUAUUGCAAUGAUUUAUUUUUGCUCAUAAGUCAGUAAAUGAAAAUAGCAUCCACUUAGGAAUGCAACAAUCUAUGUAGAUCAGUUAUGUUUUACAAGUCGAGACAUGAUAUCAUUUGUAGAAGAUAUUACAGGAACUCUAUGCAAAAUGGCAUUUGAUACAAGUUAUUUUACUGAGCAGUUGCAAAAGGUACAUUGGAACAGUAAUUGUAAACAUUGACUUACAUGAGUGAACUACGUGCCAGGGGUCAAUGCCUAUGCUGAAACAGGUAACGGCAAAGCCUGCCUAAAGUGGGGCAUUACUUAGUGUCUUAAAGUAAUGUUCAAUACACCUGUCUGUUAUAUGAACAUGUUCAAAAUUGUUUAAUAUUUUUGUCACUACACAGUGUUAUAAGAGACUGAUUAAUAAACUGAAAGUGUCAUUGAAAAGUACAGUAGGCAUAU